CUUGGGCCACAUUACCCCGCCUUCCUCUCUACCUUUGCGCUACCCUCUUUCCGCACAGACUUCAUCAGAAUACAAGUACCAUGUCAAGUACAGAUGAAGAACAAGUCAAUCCAUACGAGCUCUUGGCGGUCCCCAUGUCCGCCACAGACGCCGAAAUAUCUACAGCAUAUCGACAGGGAUCAAGGAAGGUCCAUCCUGACAGAAAUCGUGGUAAUCCCGACGCUGCAAGGCAAUUUCAUGCUUUCAAUCAAGCCUACGAGCUUCUUCUCGAUCCACUCCGUCGUCUUGCCCUUGAUGCCAAGCUUCGUGUCAAAGAGCAGCGGCAAGCGCGCUACGCCAACUACGAUGCCAAACGGAAAGAUAUGGUUCGCGAGCUCGAGGAACGAGAACUCGCGUUUAAGAAGGCCAAGACUGAGAAGAUGAAGGAAGAGAGAAAUAUGAUGCAGGAGGCGGAGAGAAUUAAGGAGGAGGGGAGGAGGAUGAGGGAAGAGAGGGAGAAGGAGUUGAAGGAGAGGGAGGAGGAGGCGGAAAAAUUUGCACAGAAGGAGAGGGAGGAGAAUGAGCCGCCUGCAUUGGGUGCUCUUGACACCACCAUCCGUCUGAAGUAUCCUCUGUCAACGCACCCAACACUUACGACACCCUCCGCCCUUGCCGACUUCCUAUCAACGACCUUUGGUCCUGUCGACUCCGAUUCCAUAGUCAUCCGCUCAAAUCCUCCCAAGAAUGCACCCCAUAAACCGCCAAAGAAGGCCACCGCAUUGGUUCCGUUCAAGAAGAUAGGCGACGCGUUUAAAGUGUUAUGUGCAGCAGGGAGGAAGGAUAAGGGAUUAGGUGAUGUAGAUGUAGGAUGGGCGGGCGGACAUGAACCACCGGUGCUAGCAUGGCUGAGGAAGAGGAGGAUGCUAGGAAGUGGAGAUGGGGGAGAUGGUGCAAGUGGUGGUGGCGAGGAUAAGUCGUCUACAGGAAACAGAAGUAAUGGAACGGCUUCGUUGCCGCCACGGACAGAACAAAUCUUUCCAACAGGAUCGAAGUCCUCGACUCAUCCCGACUUCUCAUCAACACCUUCCUUUUCAUUCUCCGUCACCGACGCCGCAACCCCAACGCCACUUCCCAAAGCAGCACCCCCACCACGAAGCGUGGAUUUCGAGUCUGUAACGCUCAUGAGACUUCGGCAGGCCGAACGGGAACGGAUAGAAAGGGAAAUUAGAGAACAGGAGGAGAACGAAUGA